AUGCGACUCUUCGUUCCUUCCAAGGAGAUAGACCUGCCUCAAGGCUUCGUUUUCUCAUGGCUCCAAUCAGUCUUCCCAGGCAACGAUCAUUCGAACGGUGAUCAUAAUACGUCAGAUUCUCCUAGCUCUGUACCCCAGAAGCAAAAACGGACUUCCGAAGACUUCGGUGAAAUGACACCCGAGCAACGAACUCGACUUGAGAGCGGCAUUGAUGGAUUGGUUCUUGAGCCUCCUGUUCCUGGAUCCGAUAACGAGAAAGACUUUUGGCGCAAAUGGUUCGACGAUUUUCGCAAACAGAGUCUGAAACAAGACCUAAAAGACACACCGACCUGUCGUGACCUGGAGCGUUUCAUUCGAUACGCAUCUGAAAGGGUGAAAGUAGAGAGCGAUUACUAUGCCCUUCGGCUUUUGUGUAUCCACACAGGACUAUUUCAUAUCAAGGAGUACCUUAUCUUCCAGUACAAUGAUUUCGGCCUCGAUUCAUAUGAAGAGACUAGGAUUUUGUCCACCUUCAAGGAACUCCUGGGCAAUGGGGAAAUUGAUAUCGAUUCGGAUUUGGACGUUGUCAUGUCGGGAUAUCCUUAA